UGUUAAGCUAGAGAGUUGAAAGAUGAUUCUGACUCUGUCCAGUGUGCAAAACAGAUCAGAGGAGCAUAUGUGUACUACCUGGGAGUGGGAGAAACCUUCUUAGCAAGAUGGAAACCCAGCCAAAAAGAGAAAUAGAUCUAUGCAAUAUGCAAGUUUUUAAAUUAGGGAUGGUCAAAGGAAAAAUGUGUAUAUUUGAUGUGUUUUCCAUAUCAAAUUUAAUAAUCUGUACAAUAUAAGCAAAGCCAAAAGAGAUACAUUGGAGAAAAUAUCUGCAGCACUUAUGGCAGACAAAAGGUUAGGGUCCUCACUAUACAAAGAGCUCCUAAGAAAUACUAAGGGGACUACAGCAAUCCAACAGAAAAAAGGGGGAGAGCUCAUGAAGAGGCAAUUUGCAGCAUUCUAUGAAAGAAUGCUCAACCAUAUUGGAGGUCAGGGACAUUCAAAUUAAAAUAACAAUCUGAUUUGUACUCACCAGACUGGCAAAAAUAAAUGUAAUGAUAAUAUCUAGUACGGAAGAUGAUGUGGUGGAAAGCACUAGUAAAUUGAUGAUUUACUCUGAAUUGCUACAACUUUUGUGAAAGUGAGUCAGCAUUGUCUAUUUCAAUUAAAGAUACAUGUCUUCGGAGUAACAAUCCCACUUUGAAAAAUCUAUUUCAUAGAAGUGAAAGCAGUAACACACAAGCAUACAUAUAUAGAUACAUACAUAUAUAUCUAACAGCUAUAGAUGGCAAAUAUAGAUACACAUAAGUGUGUGUGUGUGUGUGUACGUAUGUAUGUAUGGCAGCAUUGUUUGUGGGAGUAAAACAUGGGAAACAACCUCAAUGACAGGUAAAUAUUUUAAUAAAUGAUGAUAUAUCCACGGUAUGAAAUAUUAUGCAGCUGUUGUUAAAUUUUUCUUUACCCACCAUUAUACUGGUUCACUUGUUACAAUGAGCAUAUAUUAAUUUGCCAUGUAAAAAUCUAAAUAAGGUAAAAAGGAAAACAAAGCCUGUCUCCCCAGGUGGGAUGGAAACUCCCUGACAAGGGGAUCAUGUUUUACUUACUGCCUUAUCCCAGAAACAACUAGUGUUUUCCUUGCACAUCAAGCUGCACAGAAAAUACUAGCUAAAUGAAUGAAUGGGCCACUUCCUAUUUUCUUCACCUGAACUACUUUUCCAAACCUCAUGCACUUAAAAAAACCUAUUCUCUUGGUUUGAUAAAUAACCUACACUUUAGGCUUCUUCAUUAUGACUUUUGUGGCAAAAAAGAGAUGCAUUAAGCCAACUUCCUCUAUAAUAUUUUGAAGGGAUCCUUUGAAAAUGUUCUUAAAAUUAAAACUUUACCUCUUUUGUCCUCCAGGUGUUUCUCUUUCCUCCUUUGUCAUCUCUAUUAUCAUUCAUGAAAAUGUUGAAUCGGCAGAAACCUCAGCUGGAGCGCCGGAUUGUUGGCUCAACCAACCGGUGGCGUUUUCCCAGAGAGUCUUUCUCCGGUGACCUGCUGGCACUUUCCCAGUUGUGCAAGUCUUUGAGCAUAGACUUUGAAGAAGCUCUGAGGAACCCAGAUAGAAUAUGCAUUACACAGAUUCAGAAGCUUUUUACGGAAAAUCUCAAGAACAAGGCCGUCCAAAGUGGGGAAGCAGACGUGAUUCUCGAAUGCCUGGGCUUCAAGUGGGAACUCCAUCAGCCCCAGCUUUUUCAGUCUGAGACCCUGACCAGGCUGUACCUGGUGGCCCUGUCAAGGGGUACCAUGGACCCCCUGAGGGAACUGGACAAGCUUCUGAGAGCUCAAACACCUGGGAAGAGCAAAGAACCAUCCCACAUAAAGAAGAUGACCAUUUCUUUGAAGAUCAACGACCCACUGGUCACCAGAGUUGCUUUUGCCUCGGCCCUGAAGAACCUCUACAUGAGCGAGGCAGAGAUCAACGUGGACGACGUGCUGGGGGUGCUGGCUUCUGCACACAUUCUCCAGUUCGCUGCCCUGUUUCAAAGGUGUGUGACCAUAAUGAUGAAUGGACUCACGCCAAGCACCUUCAAGAGCUUCUACCUGGCCAGCUGCAAGUACAGGGAAAAGCAGCUCACCAUGGCCUGCGAGAAGUGGCUAGAAAUGAACCUGGUCCCUGUGCUGGGGAAGCAGGUCCACCUUCGGAGUAUCCCACAGGACCUACUCCACAAAGUGCUGAAGUCCCCCAGCUUGUUUACCUUCAGUGAGUUUCAUCUUCUGAAAACAAUGCUUUUUUGGGUCUACUUGCAACUAAACCAAAAAAUUCAGACAGUUCCGAUCUAUGAGACCGUGCUGGCAUUUUUUAACAGCUUUCCCAGGAAGUGCGCCUUUUUGGACCGGGACACAGGACAAUGCUUGAUGCCACUCUUCGUCAGCCUGCGUCUACACGGCAUCACCAGAGGCAAGGAUCUAGAGGAGAUAAGGCACGUUAACUUCUUCCCAGAGGCCUGGUUGACCCGGAUCACAGCCAACCACUACCACGCGCUUGAAAAUGGGGGCGACAUGGCCCACCUGAAAGAUUUCACCACCCAGGCCUUGCGAUUCGGGCUGCUCUUUACCCAGGGGUAUACCACUUAUUCAAAAACGAUAGCUGUGUAUGGGUUCUUCUUUGAGAUAAAGGGAAUCAAACAUGAUGUCACCUCUUACAGUUUUUACAUGCAGAGGAUAAAGCACAAAGACUUGGCAUUCCCCUCCAUGGUUUGUGAACACAGCCCGGUGAGCCUGAGAGCGGAACGCUUGAUUAAGUACGAAAUCAGAGCCCACGUCCUGGUGGACGGCAAGUGGCAGGAGUUCAGGACCAACCGGAUCAUGCAGAAGUUUGGGUUCGUCAAGCCAUCCUGCAAAAGCCAUGCCCUGAAAAUCCAAACUGUGGGCAUCCCAAUCUAUGCAAGCUUUGCAUUCAUUUUCCCAGUGUCUUGAGAAUUUCCAGAAUGAUCUAUGAAAAUUUUUUUUCUUCUACUGGU